AUGGCAAAGCGAAUCACCCUCUACAGUGCCAAGGUCUGCCCAUGGGCUCAUAGAACGGAACUUGCACUCAAAGAGUCGAAACUUCCUUACACUCGCUACGAGAUUGACUUAGCGAACAAGCCAGAAUGGUACGCGCCCAAGAUCAACAAAGCUAGCAAGGUUCCAGCCAUUGCAUACGGUGGCCCAGAUGUUCCUCCAGACGAGCCAUCCCCGGACUCUACCAAAAUCGCCGAAUCCGGCGUCCUACUCGAGUUCUUCGCAGACCUCGACACCCCACAGCCCUUGCUCCCCAAAGACCCCAUCGACCGCGCCAAAGCGCGUUUCUUCAUCGAAACAGUCACACCCGCCUACACCAGCGGCUUCUUCGCUGCAAUCUCAGGCUCCAAGGAUCCCGAAGCCAUCUUCGACGGAAUCGAAGUCAUUCAAAACCUCCUUCCCGAGAAAGGGUUCGCUGUUGGUGAAUGGAGUAUCGCAGAUGCUGCUGUUACGCCCUUCUUUGCUCGUACUGAAGUUACGCUGAAGAAUGACAUCGGGAAAUAUGAAGCAGGCAAGGGGAAGGCUGCUUGGGAGAAGCUGCAGACCGACCCUCGAUACGCUAGGUUCCGACAAUAUUUCUCUGACCUCAAAAACAGGGACAGCUACAAGGAGACAUUUGAUGAGGAGCAUGUUAGGGAAUUCUUUUCGAAACGCUUCGUGAGAGAUGCAUAG